GGCAUCUACAACGAGUGUCUUAGAAGCUAGGUCAAUACAAUUGGGAGGUGUCCAAUUAACACGAGAGUUUUUUAGAGGUUGGCCGCGAGCCGUCCUCAUUAUAAAUACCCCGUCUCUGUCGGGCUCUUUGAGAAGGGGAAGAGUUAUUCCAGACCUCGCAUAUUCUUCUUUCCAGGCACGUUAAAAUGACUUCUUUCGAUCUCACGUCUUAUAAAGCCUUAUCCUUUGAUAUAUAUGCAACGCUCAUCGAUUGGGAGACGGGCAUCUUUGGACAGCUUCUACCACUACUCAGUAGACUUCCGAAAGGACAUUCACUAUGGAGCAAAAGUCUGGCCGAUAUUCGAGAUUAUCUUCUCACCCGAUAUGCAGCUCACGAACAUAGACUGGAGAUUCAGUAUCCAAAUGAGAAAUACUCAAAGUUGCUGAGCAUGGUGUACGAAAAUGUUGCUGCGGAUAUGGAAAUAGCCGUAACUUCUAGCGAGUCAGAGGCAUUUGGUGGCGCCAUAGGGAAAUGGCCAGCAUUUGAGGACACCGUGGCCGCCAUGCAAAAAUUAGGAAAAUAUUACAAACUCAUUGCGUUGAGCAAUGUGGACAAAGUGUCAUUUGCAAACACCUUGCGCGGUCCGCUUAAUGGCGUCAAGUUCGAUGCAAUCUACGUUGCAGAAGACAUUGGCACGUACAAACCAGACCCAAACAACUUUCAUUACCUGGUCGAACAUGCAAAUCAGGAAUUCGGGAUCCAGAAAAGCGACAUAUGUCAUACAGCACAGAGUCUGCCGUUUGAUAUUAUCCCUGUUGCAGCAAUGGGUUUUCGGCCCGCCGUUUGGAUAUCACGUGGAGGUGGAAGAAUGGGAAUGGGGGAUUUAGAAGCGGUGAAGGAUAAGGUUAAUAUUGGAGCGACGUAUCAAACGCUAGGAGAAAUGGCCAUAGCUGUAGAGGCAGCCUUUGGUAAAUCUGAAUAAUAAUUAGUGUCCGUUGUCUGUAUGCAAUGGCUUAGUUGAUAGAUAUAAAACAAAACUCCACAGCAUAAUGC